AUGCAACCCCCGUCUCUGCUGGGAGAGCUGAAGGGACGGGCGGCUGCAGACACCCCUCGGGUAGCCCCGGGAUCCCGCGGGGGAAGGCCGAGGAGGCUCCGGUUCGGUCGGCAUCCCCACGUGAGGCAGGGUUUGGAGCCGGCCUUGGAUCCCGCGGCUGCCGAAAGGCGCCUUCUGUGGCGGAAUCCCGGCAGAAUCGACCCAGUGGAUCUGCGCACGUUGCGGCCCCGGCAGCUUCGUCCCUUCAGAGCGGGACGGAGCAUGCGCAGAACAGCGUUGCCGGCAGUAGCCUCCUGCGGGAAAGGGGCGGAGGGAGGCGGCUGCCGGGACCAGGAGGGGAGGGGGCCGUGGGGGGGCCUCUCUAGGAAGAAGCGCUCUCUCGCCCGCCGCCCCCCGAGGCCCCCCGAGGCGGAGGGGGCGGGGCCGGGGGGGCGGGAGCGGAGAGCCGCGGGCGCGUUGCUGCUGCGCUUCCCGGAGCGAGGCCGGGAGGAGCGCGACCCCGCCUGCCCGGGAGGCCCCCUUUCCCGGGAAAGCCGGGCGGCCGGGAAGGAGAGGCGCCCAGCAGACGCCGCCGGGGAGGCCCGGCCCGGCCCGGCCCGCGAGAUGGCCUCGCCGCGGCCCGGAGCGGGGGGAGCCGCAGGACGAGCCGCCCCCGCCGCCGCCGCGCCCGCGGAGGGAGCGGCGCUCUGGCCGGCAGCCGGGCGGGGGGGCCUCCCCGAGGAGCCCCUGGGCGGGGGGGCGCAGCGCUUCCGCCGGCUCCGCUACCGGGAGUGCCAGGGGCCGCGGGGCGUCUGCAGCCGCCUGCAGCAGCUGUGCCGGGAGUGGCUGAAGCCCGAGCGGCGCAGCAAGGCCCAGGUGGUGGACCUGGUGAUCCUGGAGCAGUUCCUGGCCGUGCUGCCGGCGGAGAUGGCGAGCUGGGUGCGGGAGUGCGGCGCGGAGAGCUGUUCCCAGGCGGUGGCCCUGGCCGAGGGCUUCCUGCUGAGCCAGGCGGAGGCGGAGCGAGGGCAGCGGAUGCAGGAGCCGCUGAGGAAGGAGGUUGUGGUGCCUCCUGAAGGCAGGGAAGCUCUCCCUGGUCCCUCUUUGGAGCAGCUGUGGGGAAGGAUCUCUGAGGAGGAUCCAGCUCCUCUUUGUGAUGGAGCAGCAACAGCUCAGGGCUCGGUGUCCUUUGAGGAGGUGGCUGUGUAUUUCACGGAGGAGGAGUGGGCGCUGCUGGAUCCCAGCCAGAGAGCCUUACACGGGGAAGUCAUGCUGGAGAAUUCUAGGAAUGUGGCCACUCUGGCGAAGUGGCUCAGCACCCUGGUGAGAUUUCUGGAGAGGCUGUUCACCAAAUGCAGCCAAGAAGGAAAGGAGCUGAAUAGACGUUGUGGGGAAAGCUUGUCCUAACCAGCCCACGAAAUGGACCUGCCAUGGUCUGGAGAGGGUGGAGCAGCAGAAGGCCCCCCUGCCACUGAGCCUG